CUGUUUUAAUGGUGGUCAGGUGUCACUGCAAGCAGAUAGCACACAACAUUGAGUACAGUGCAGGGCAUGUGGAAAAACCAAGCUGUCUCUAAAGUCAGUGACAUGUCCAGAGGUGGUAAUAAAGCAGAUAAGGGCGAUGACAAGGCGGAGUUGUGUGGCCGAGGGAGCUGGUGGCUGAGGACAGUGAAAGACACGCCCAACCCUGGUGUCUAUCACAUUCGUGACUUCAUCGAAGAAGCAGAGCUGAACCCUGUGAGGAAGACCUAUGGGUUCAAAAGCGUGGGCAGAAAAGUCCAGACUCUGGAGCUGUGUAAGGGCGAUCUGCUGCUACCUGGGGCCUAUGAGUACACUGCCUCCACCCAGGAGGCUCUGAUGCACCGGGCGUCCUACUCUUUCAGAAACUGUCCACGGCCUGACAUCGCCACUCUCGGCAUUAGAGACAAGCAUGUAAACACUUCACCGUGCGACUACAACGUGACAGCGAAACCAGUGGAGAAGACGCCCUGCAAGCAUAUGAUGUUUCGGUCAACUGUGCAACGGAUCAGCUUUCCGCCUAGGGAGGGGCUGUCUCCAUGUCACUACAAUCCACAAACCAGAUCUGAGAAAGGAAUCACUUCCUGCUUCAAAUCCACUUUACCGCGGCUCCAUUAUGUCCACCCUAAGACCCCAGGACCAGGAGCUUACGAACCAUACUGGAAGUUGGAUGACCAUUUGAAAAGAGAUGUCAUCGACCCUUCAUUUAGCCUCUUUUUCCGCAGCAUUACCUAGUCUGCACUUCAUUAUAGAUUAUAAUCCCAAAGUCAAUCUAUUGACAGGUCGUAUGUGACACUGCUUCACUGAUAUAACAAUAAAAAUCCAAA